CCACGUGCUUGUCAACUCUAACAAACCUACCAUUAUCAUCAUCAGAGCUGCUCAAGAAAUAUGUCACGGCCAGAGCACCAGGCCCCCCCAGAGAUUUAUUAUGGCGAUGCUGAAGCCAAGAAAUACACUCAAAACACCCGUAAUCAACAAAUCCAGGCAGAUAUGACGUACCGUGCUCUAGAGUUGCUCAAUCUUCCUCCGGAUGAGCCUGCUUUUCUGUUAGAUAUUGGAUGCGGAUCGGGUCUUUCAGGUGAGAUUUUGGAGGAGGAGGGAUACAUCUGGACAGGCGUAGACAUCGCGCCAAGUAUGCUCGAGGUCGCACUGGAGAGGGAUAUUGACGGCGACCUUUUCUUGCAGGAUAUCGGUCAGGGAUUUGGUUUCCGGCCAGGAAGCUUCGACGGAGCAAUAAGCAUAUCUGUCUUGCAAUGGCUUUUGAAUGCUGAAACAUCGCAUCCAACGUCCUCACCACCACACCGUCUCACCCGUUUCUUCACGACUCUCCACUCUGCUCUUCGUAACCCCUCUCGAGCAGUCUUUCAAUUUUAUCCGACUUCCGAUGACCAGAUACAAUUGAUCACUUCAAUAGCGCAGAAGGCCGGCUUUGGAGGAGGUGUUGUCGUAGACUACCCAAAUUCCAAGAAAGCAAGGAAGGUGUUCCUAUGCUUAUUUGUUGGCGGAGGAGGCACGCAGCAGCAAAUCCCUAAGGGCGUAGAGGGUGAAGACGACGAGCAAGCAAGGUUCGAGAGAAGAAGGGAGAAGGAAAAGAAGAGGGAUAUAAGUGGGAAGAGAAAGAACAUGAAAGACAAAGAUUGGAUCUUGAAGAAAAAAGAGUUGUACCGUCAACGAGGAAAAGAAGGGGUACCAAGAGAUUCAAAAUACACUGGCCGCAAGCGCAAGCCACUUUUCUAGUGGAAUUUCUCGCAGUGUUUCACGAACAAAACCGGAUCUUCGUUGUAACGAGAGAUACCAUACAAGUACCUACGUCUACUCAUGUCCGUCUCUCUACGAAUAGCUCGGGGAGGGUCUUGACCGAUUUCUGAGCAUUGUUCCUGAUGAACAAGCCUUGGAGGGCAGCCAUGCUAAUCUUCCUCCCAUUACACGUCUCUUGGGCGGUUAAUUCCUCUACCUGCUGCCCCAUGCGUUCUACAACCUCCGGUUGGACAGACUCACUACCACCGUAGAAACGUGUAAAGAGCGUGCGUGCCUGUGUGGGCGACGCAUCAUCAACAAGCACACUUAGAUCAACACGCCCCGGUCUGAUGAGUGCAGGAUCCAAUUUUUCAAGGUGAUUUGUCGUCAUGAAAAUAAUCCGCUCUUCUCCCGAGGCAACACCGUCCAAAGCGUUCAAAAACCCAGAGAAUGUGACAGAGGACUGGUAACUAU